AUGGCUGACGUCCGGUCUCUCCUCCGUCAGCAGCGCACUGCCAGACGCAUCGAGCACCCUCAUGCUGCCUAUUCGGACGCGGGCAAGCUUCUCUGCACCCUUUGCCACGAGGCAAUCAAGUCCGAAUCGCUUUGGGACAGCCAUACUCGCAGCGCAACACAUACUACGAAGCUCAAGGCUGCCCAACAACAAGCCUCCGCCAGUGCAAACGGUUUGGCAGCCACAGCCAACGGCGCGCCUUCGAACAAGCGGAAGCACGACGAGGAUGAUGACAUGGAUGACGAGGAUGCGGCAGAAUCUGUGCGAAAGAAGCGAAACAGGGCCAACAUGAGCACUCCCGCGCGUUUGUCCGCCGGCGAGUCGGACCGGGACCUCAAGGACGUCACGCUCACACCGCCGUCGCUGAAUCGUCGGACGUCGACAACGCCAGUCCAGGGCGUCGAGAUCCAGAUUCCUUCGCGGCCCCAUACGCCCGCGUAUAAGGAUGGGGCUUCUUCGAACUCGACACCGACAGUGCAGCCAGUUGGUCCGUCCCCGCUGGUUCCGCAGGAAGCAGCCUCCGCGAACGCGGCUGCGGCGACAUCGGCCGCGCAACCGAAUGGCGUGGCUGCGGGGGCUGGGUCUGCCGGGGGACAGGUGGACGAAGACGAAUGGGCUGCUUUCGAAGCGGAUAUCGCAGCAACGACGGCACCCUACGCGGAAGAUGCUGUGAUUGCGGCCCCAGCCAUGACCGCCGAAGAGACGGCCGCGGCCGCGAAGACGGAAGAGCAAGAACAGGAAAAGAGACGUCUUGCCGCCGAGAAGGAUCUUUUGGAUGAAAAAGAGGAGGCCGCCAGAGCGUUGGAAACGGAGUUCGAGGACAUGGAAGAGCUUGAGGCCAGGGUUCGGAAGCUGAAAGAAAAGCGCGAGGCUUUGAGGAGACAGAGUGAUGCGGGCACGGUUGUGCCUCUUGCCAAGUCUCUUGAGAAGCCUGCCGGAGCCACCGGAAAAGAGAAUGUGGAAGCGGUUGGCGAGGAGGAAGAGGAAGACGAAGAUGAGGAUGGGGAUGACGACGACGAUUUCAUGGGCUUCCGCUUUCGUGCAUGA